AUGAUAGGAAGAUUAGUGCCAAAAGGCACUGAUAAUACUGAAGGCAAUGUAGCUCCUGAGGAAGGUGCUGAUGCAAUGACACGUGAUGGACUAGGGUUGGGUGCAUCAACUAGGGAUGGGGCAGAAGUGGUUGUAGGUGCAAUAUUGUUUGUAUGGGCAUGUAUAUUCUCAGCACCUACAGAUGAAGAAGGUAUAGGUGCAGGAGCUAUAGGCAUUGUAGUGUUUAGAGCACAACAAGCCCAUGUGAGCCAUGGGGCUGCGGAGCGUGCUGGUGUGAUUGGUGUGAUCUCUUUGAUAAUAAUAUUGGGAGCAGUAAAUGUGAAGGUAGCAGAAUGUAGGGAAUAUAAUGGAUUGAGCAACGUUGAAUACCCUGCCAUAAAUUGCAGAAAACACAGUGCAGUUUUGACAGAAUUUGGUGGGGUUGGUGAUGGAAAAACAUCGAACACGAAGGUGUUUCGAUCUGCAAUAAGCAAACUAAGCCAAUAUGCUUCUGAUGGAGGUGCACAACUUAUUGUGCCACCUGGCAAAUGGCUAACGGGACCUUUCAAUCUUACAAGCCAUUUCACUCUCUUUCUCCAAAAGGGUGUUGUUCUUCUUGCUUCUCAGGAUGAAUUAGAAUGGCCCCAACUUCUUGUACUACCUUCUUAUGGAAGAGGAAGAGAUGCUCCUGGUGGAAGGUUUAGCAGUCUAAUUUUUGGGACUAACCUCGUUGAUGUUGUAAUAACUGGUCAAAAUGGUACAAUUGAUGGUCAAGGAUCUUAUUGGUUGGACAAGUUCCACAAGAACCAAUUGACUCUCACCAGGCCAUACAUGAUUGAGAUCAUGUACUCUGAUCAAAUUCAAAUAUCAGAUCUCACUUUGGUCAAUUCCGCAAGCUGGUUUGUCCAUCCAAUUUACAGCAGUAACAUAAUUAUAAAAGGGCUUACCAUUCUUGCACCAGUGACCUCUCCCAACACAGAUGGAAUAGACCCAGGAGAAAUGAUUGAAGACUGCUACAUUGUUUCUGGUGAUGAUUGCAUUGCAGUAAAAAGUGGGUGGGAUGAGUAUGGAAUUAGAUUUGGAAAGCCAACCCAACACUUAAUCAUUAGAAGGGUGACUUGUAUAUCCCCAGAUAGUGCCACGGUUGCAUUAGGCAGUGAAAUGUCUGGUUUGACCCGUGGCCUCCCUGACUCACCUUUAGGUCACAACAAACUCAGUGGCCCCAUGGGGGGUGGACUGGACCGAGGAGAAGCGGUGACUGCAGCGGGUGGUGACUGUAGCCGGCGUCGAGGUGAUUCCCGUUCUGGGUUACAACGAUGCUCGUGA